AUGGAAAAUUUGACGGUACGUGGGCGAGCACUGACGGAUCAUCUGGCCUUCGGAACCGCAAAUAAUAAGGGUAUGAUCACCGAUCACAGCAAGCCCAUAUUUGUGGCGCACGGCGAGGAUUCGUUCGAGGAGCUCAACCUCGAGCAGGAGGCUGAUAACUCGAGUGACGCCUUGUUCGCCGAGAAAGCUAUCGAUAAAUAUAUCGAGCAGAAAAAUCGGGAUCUGGAGCUAUACAUACGUCAACGAAGGGAAAGAAAGAACCAGCAUUAUGGCAAUGCCCGUCACGAGCUGCUCCUCGUUUUGACGGCCAAAGACAAGCUGCCCGGCGCUUUUCAGACCAUCGGGCUUGACCCCCACAAAUCAGAAGGCCACGACGUACUUCUUGUGCGCCACGCUGAGUCGAUCGCUGAGGUGUUCCCCGACUGGGUGCGCCGUACCAAGAUCGACGAGCGCUUCUACCGGCCCACCGACUUGAACGUGCCUUACGAGUUGCCGCGUAGACCCGAAAUGCGUCUCGCCUACGAGAACGAUCCGCCGGCUAGCGAGUUUGGGCUCAUUUCGGCGCAGCUGCUCGGGCGCCAGCUGGUGGCCCGCCGCUACAAGCACUACUGGAUGCCGACCGCUGCGCUGCAGGCUCUUGGGUACAAUAUCGACGAGGAAUACAAGCCGAUGGGCGGUCGUCUCGAGUGGAACCACCAGACCGGGGGUCUGGCCCCCGCUCAAGUCGCCGCCGAGAAGCGGGGCCUGAUGCGCCGCAUUGCUGCCCAUCAUUCAGGCACCGUCAUCUUCGUGACUGACCCGGUGGGCUUCUACGCGAUGCAGCACCACGGGCGCGGGCUGAUCUGUUCCUACAAGCAACCCUACGAAGCGUUCCUGAAGGAGGCGACAGCCGCCAGUCCUCCGUCGGCGGCCAUGUCGUUCCCGCGUGGAGAAACCGGGAAAGAUGCCAUUCUUCGACCAGCCGGAACUCGACAGUGGCAUCGACUGGCAUCCCUCGCAUCGCUUCUGAGCCCUGAACCACGU